AUGAUCGACGAUUGGUUUUUUCUAUACGUUCCGCGAACUAUCUGCGCGCUCACGUUUUUGGUGAAUCCUGUGUUUGUCUAUCUGAUUUUCACUGAGAAAUCCGCAAACUUCGGUAACUAUCGAUUUUUGCUCCUGUAUUUCGCAAUUUUCAAUUUGAUAUAUUCAGUUGUGAAUGUAGUCGUUCCGUUGGACAUUCAUAGCUACCGAUACUGCUUCUUCCUAACAGUGAGACAUGGUUGGUUUUUCGAAGCUUCCGAAAUCAACUUCCACAUGAUGACUGGCCGUUGCUCCUUGGUAGCUGCAAGCUACGCGGUUCUCCUCAUACAUUUCAUCUAUCGGUACCUUGUGAUCCAUAACUCUAGCCUAACUAGAAAUAACUUUCACUGGUAUUUGACCAUAUCGGCGUUCGUUUUCGUCUUGUACUUUGCGACAUGGCACGCGAUUUGUUACUUCCCAGGACGUGCGAAUGUGGAAAUCAGAGAAUACAUUCGCAAGGACUUUUUCGAGAUUUACGGCACUGAUUCAAUGGAUUUCAAUAUGCUAGGAGCAUUGUUUAACGAAGGAUCAGCUGAGACGACUUUCACAUCUUGGUUGGCAGUAAUGAUGUGGUCCGCGGUAUCAGUUGCAUCCAUUAUUUCAUUUCUAAUCAUGGCUCGAAUGAUAAUGUACAAGCUGAACAAGAUGACUGUCAAUGCUAGUAAGAGAACCUCCAAGUUUCAAUUGGAGCUAUUGAGAGCGUUGAUUGUCCAAACAGUGAUCCCAAUUUUUAUCAGCUUUUCCCCGUGUCUUCUUUGCUGGUACAGUCCAAUGUUUGGCAUUCAACUAGCAAGAGGAUUCAACUACUUCGAAGUCAGUGCACUUGGAGUGUUUGCAUGCGUGGACCCGGUGGCCAUAAUCCUGUGUCUUCCGAUUUUCCGAAAAAGAAUUUUCAAUUUUUGGAGGGGAGUUCCAUCACUUGCAGUUGGCGCAAAAGAGAGCACGGAUCAACGAAAUUCGUAA